AGCACAUAAACUUGAAAGCAAAUUUAGGACUAUUGAGGAAAUAUGUGCAAACUUUCCCAGGGAGUUCCUUCUCUCCCAAGCAUGCCUACCAAAACAUGCGAAGCAUCCCUUUGAAAAUCUGGGUGUGCCUGUACCUCUCUAGAUGUCAGCCGUAAGGUCAGAGGGCACAUUCUCCUCACAGUCCAGCUUGUUAAAUAUGCAGAAAUUAUGGGGGAAAGCAUAACGUUUCUUUCCAGCAGCCCAUAUUCUGAAGCCGCAGAUUGCAAACCCAAAGUUUGCCACAAACAAUCCAACGCUCACCACGGUCACCUUAGAGAAGCCAUUCUGCGCAUUUGUCAGCUCAGUGUCAAAAAGUGCUUCCUACGAAAUACACCUGUACGUCAUGGUUGACUUUGCAAUGGCUUCAAGCGCCUCUAUGACAGACCUUGGCAAUAAGCCUCUCAGUGCUACUUUCCUACAAACCAAUGGAGGAAAACGUGGGCCGUACAAGGCUGCGACAUUUAAUGUUCCCAAUUGCGCAUUUCCUCCGGCAUCGUUUGAUAUUGCAGAUGCAGCCAAAGCACCUGCUGUCCUGACCCAAUAUCUAAUCAGAGUUGGUAACGACUCAUAUUGUCUGAAUGACCCAAAUCAUCUAGAAGUGUGCAAUCCACCCCUCUCUGAAGAUACAUCCUACAGGUUUAAAUUUGCCUUGGUUGACAGAACCGCAGACAUUGUGAAAGACCAAACCCACUGGUCUGAUCCGAUUAAAACCAACAAGUUGAAGCCGUCUUCCUCCAUUGAUACUUGGCCAGGCCAGAGAAGUGGUGGAAUGAUUGCCAUCUCUUUCCUCCUGAGUGUGCUGAUGUUUAUCAUAGCAGCUGCAUUUCUUGCUACACUGGCAUCUGGAGAGACUUCUACUGCAAUCAGGUAUCAACCCCAAGCUACUCAAUGUAUUGACCUAAGUGAACAAGAGAUCUCUGUCAGAUCACUGCCUGCUGCUCCUGUUGACCAAAGGCUGUCUUCAGCUGCAAGUGAACUUGCCGGCUGGUCCCACAACACUCCCUUGAUCAGAUGUGAAGUCCCAGCAAAUAGAAUUGAACUGUAGAUACAUUAAGAGAUGUUAGGACAACAAACUGCUCCUGGAAUCUUCUUUCUCUGAAACUCUUCUAAUGUUGUGCUAUUGGACCGGCCCACUAAGAACCCCAGGCAUAAGAAUGAAUUGUCUUAGGUAACUUUGGGCUACAGCAACUUCCAGUUAUUCAGCCAGUGAUCUGGCAUGUGGUGUGUGAGUGUGCCUUGUUCAUAAAAUGGUUUGUGUUGGAUUGUAAUGCACACUCUCAAAACACUUCCAAAUAAAGUUAGCCUUGCAAGGGAA